AUGGCGGCCAUCGGCCUCCUCCUCCUCCUGCUCGGCCCCGCCGUGGUGGCCCUGGAGCAACGCCAGCUCGUGGCACAGGAGACCGUGGACCCGCAGCCCCCCAACAUCGAGCAGCAUGAGGUGGUGGACUCAAAGCAGCACCAGCUCGUGGCACAGGUGAGCGUGGACCUGCAGCGUGCCAGCACAGAGCAGCAGGAGGUGUGGCAGAAGGAGCAGGACCCCUCACUGCCCCCCGACACCCAGGCAGCAGGAGCCACGCUGGCCCCGCGCCCUGCCUGGCCUGCGGUCCUGGUGGGCUUCCCCCCGGCCUGGCCGGAGGACACCGCUGUCACCUCGCACUGCCACCAGCACCCCCGGCACCCUCCCAUCCUGCCACUGCCUGCCAGCGGCUUUGCUCACCUGCGCCGGCAGGCGGCCGCCCUGGAAGCCUUCCGGCCCCGCCUGGACGCCUGCUGCAGCCACCGCGGGCCCCUGAGCUGCGCCCGCCGCGCCUGGACGGAGGUGCUGGACGCGUUCUGCGCCGACGAGUUCGGGGUCAAGACUCGGCAGUUCCACUGCUGCCGGCAGCUGGGGGCUGCCCGGCGCCGCUGCUUCGCCAGGAGCUCUGCCGCCGUCGCCGUGGCUGCCACCGCGGCCACUGCCACUAAGGCUGUCGCCUCAGUGGCCUCCAGCUGGGAGGUCACCAAGAGGCUGCCGUUCCCCCCCGGGGAGCCCACGGCCUCCAACAUGGGCAACAUCUGCAAGCUGCGGGGGCUGCGCCCCGGCCCCGACGGCGCCUACGGCUCCUCGGGACCCCGCGACCGCAUGCGGCUGCGCCUGGAGCGGGAGUUCGGCCGCUGCUGCCGCAACCAGAGCCUGACCUGCGCCCAGGAGGCCUGGCGGAAGGGGCUGGAACGGUUCUGCCGGGAGGAGUCGUCGGUGAAGACUCGGCAGCACCAAUGCUGCCAGCGCGGGGGGGGGCACGCCCGGAGCCGCUGUUUCGCCGCCGCCGCGCCCUAUCCCGGCUACGACCGGGAGCUGCACAACGUCAGCCUGGCCCGGCCCGGCCCCGCCAUGCUGCGCACCCUCUGCGGCCCCACCGUCCUCAUCAGCAAGAGGAGGCCGGUGCCAGAGCUGCUGGGGGCCAUAACGACCUCCUGCUGCUCACUGCCCCCUGAGGAACAAAGCAGCUGCGCUCAGGACCAGCUGUCCCAGGGCAUUGCCACUGUCUGUGCCAGCGUGGGGAAGGGCUGGCGUGACCCUGAAGACUGCUGCUCAUGGGGGAACCCCGAGCGACAUCGAUGCUUCGAAAUCACCUACCUGGCCCAGGUGACCCUGGGAGCUGCUGUGGAUCCUCCACCCCCUGACCAUGAGGAGUGA